UUCUUCUUCGAUCACCAAAAAAAAAAGUGUUUUUUCUUCUUCUAUAGAGUUAAUUGGGCUGAUGGAUCGGCCCAUGAAGGCCCUAAACUGAAAGGAAAAAAUGGGCAUGAAUAUGAUCAGGGUAAAAGCCAGCUUAAAGGACACUGAGCCUCUAGAGUCAAAACGGAGCCAAGUUUCAUCUAAAGAUGGGAAAAACGAAGCAAUACUGGUUACUCAAAACAGAGCCAAGUGAGUGGUCAUGGUCAGACCAAGAAGCAAACGGCGGGAUCAGCAAAUGGGACGGCGUCAAGAACAAACAAGCCCAGAAGAAUCUAAAGUCCAUGACUUUAGGAGAUCUCUGUUUCUUCUACCAUUCAGGAACCAAAGCUAGAUGCGUCGUUGGCGUAGUUGAAGUAUCACGUGAAUGGUACACUGAUGAUGAUGAAGGAGAAGGAGCGGUCGAUGUUAAAGCGAUUGGAGAGAUGAGGAAAUGUGUGGAUUUGAAGGAAAUGAAAGGAGACAAAGGGAUUAUUAAGAGUUUUGUUUUGUUUAGACAGCCGAGGUUGUCUGUUGUUCCUGUUGAGGAAGAUGUUUGGAAAAAGAUUUGUGAAUUGGGAAAUGGGUUUUGUGGAGAUGGUAAGGAAGAUUGUGAAAGUAGUGAUGAUGAAUCUUGAAUUUGAUCUGUUAUUGUAUUAUGUGAAUUGUAAGUUUUUAACUUGGUUAGGGUUUUUGCUUAAUGAGUGAUUCAUAGUGGUGAUGCUAUUGAUGUGUUCAUUUCGUUAAUUUGACUGGUGCAUUUUGUCGAACAU